AUGUUGAGGGUUUGAUGAUUCUACAUUUUAUCAUCGUCUAUAAUCAUGAUAGGUCAUACUAUCAUUUUUAUUGCAAUAUGCUUGGCGUCUACAUGUACGUUCCUAGUGGAAUCACAUCCAGACCACGAUUGUUCCAGCUGCAUUGGUAAUAUACAUCGACCAAGAAAUGCUAUAGCAGCAACGGAUAUUUUACGAAGAUAUGGCUACCUCAAAGACAGUUGUUAUUUCAACCCUGUUCAAUCGUCAUAUAGAAAUGCUGUUCUGGAGGCUAUUAUUAUCUUUCAAGAAUAUAACGAUCUGAAAAUAACAGGUAAACUAGAUAAAGAAACGCUAGAUUUCAUGGGGAAAUCUAGAUGCGGCGUUCCUGAUAUUCUAGAUGACGUCCAAGUCACCAUCGUUUCAAAAAGGAGACGUGGCAAACGACAAUCCCCAGUAGCCGAACAAAGAUGGAGGAAAACUGACUUAACAUAUCGUAUUACUUCAUAUUGUGAUGAUCUGUCGGCUACAGAAGUUGACCUUAUUAUCAGAGAAGCGUGGAAGAUCUGGUCUGAUGUUAUACCUUUGACCUUCACUCAAGUUGGGCCGUCUGUGAGCGACGCUGAUAUGGAUAUAUCAUUUGCUAGAGGUGUUCAUGGUGAUAGCGAUCCCUUUGAUGGACCAGGUGGUGUUGUAGCUCACGCUUUCUAUCCUGGUGGACCAGAAAUACCCCUCUCUGGGGAUACACAUUUCGAUGAUGCUGAACAAUGGACGUAUGGAAAAGAGCCGACAGGCAAACGUUUGUUGUGUUCUGCUGUUCACGAAUUUGGCCAUACACUGGGUCUAAAACACACCAACAGAAAAGAUUCUAUUAUGUAUCCUUGGUCGGAAGAUUGUGGAACACCUAAAUUGUCGGAUUAUGAUAUGGUUAUAAUACAAGGCAUUUAUGGAAUGAAUAAUAAAACCGGUAUGACGCCUUCUCCCGAUUUUAACAUGAGUGCAACCACAGAGACGACCCUUAGAACCAAUGGAAUUACAUUGACUCCAGAGACAGAACCUACUUUCACUACACCCUUCACGUCACAGGAACCGGUUUGUACAACAACUGUUAUCAACACCUGUACCACUGAAGCGGGUACGACCACGACUACUGUCGAGACCACCGAGGCAUCGAUGACCACCUCUAAAAUUACCAACGCUACUUUCAUCAUGAUGAAUGUAACCGAGGCUACACCAACUACAUCAAGUCCAACGAUGACUACUGGUGCAGCUCGAUCCACACCAGCCACAACACAGAGACCAGAAUGUCCAAAGGAUGGUAAAUUAGAUGCCAUUGAUGUCGCUCCUGAUGGAAAAACAUACGGCUUUAAAGGCAAUAAGAUUUAUAUAUUUCAUGAUAAUGGUGUGGUCAAGGGUUCACCUUUUUUAAUCAGCAAAAUAUUUCGUAACGGUCCGUCCUACGUGGAUGCCGCUGUAACAAUUGCUAGAUCUUUCUUAAAGCCAGCCAGGAUAUAUCUCUUCCAGGGUGAAAAAGUAUGGAAGUACCAGUACCUCAAAUUUCGAGGCCAUUACGGAUACAGUUUAAGAAGAGGAUAUCCAAAGUUAAUCAAAUCAAAAUUUGGAAUUCAUCUGAAAAAAAUAGAUGCCGCUUUCAAGUUAAAGAGUUCGAAAUGGACGUUUUUCGCUGAAGGUGGUAAAUUAUGGCCGAUCAAAUUCAGGACGUUUGGUAAUCCCAGGGUUAGUAAGCCCAUCCCAUUUGCUUCUCAUCCUACUCUGAGUCAUCUUAAAAAACUCGACGCUGCUUUUAAAUGGACAAAUGGAGCGUAUUAUUUCUUCGAGGGUGAUUAUUAUCACCGCUUGGUGCCAGAUGGUAAAAAAGGACACUGGAACCAUCCUCGGUUCUCACUUCUGUGGUGGUUUAACUGCAAGAUUCCUGGAACUGAACAAUAUCAAAGACUUGCUGGUGACUUGUCAGACAAAAAGUAUUCUAAAACAGUAAACAUGAAAGAUUUGUAAUUUGUAUGAUUUUGACGUAAAUGAUAUCAAAGAGCAUUUUAUUCUGGUUAAAACUGAAACUACCUUUAAAGAUACUUAACCAUUUGAACACAUAUUCAGAAUGACUGUAUUGUAUACAACUACUAUGAUUGUAUUGUAUACAACUGCUGACAUUAGUUAAUUGUAUUAAAUUGUCUUAUUUUUACCUACGGUUCACACUCUGGCUGUCAGUGUUUCAUAAAAUAUAUAAAAAAAAAUCAGUCCUUCAUGUUUAUAAAUUUGUGCGGGAGCCAUAAAAAGCUCCCGAUACCUUGAAUACAUGCAGUUUAAAAGUAAACAAAAACUGAAAGUAGUUUAUUAAUCUCAAUAUUUAGGAGAGCGAUUUAGCUAAUUUGCAGGAGUCUUUAAUGACUCCUUCGAAGGAAAGCCUGUGCGUCGACAGAAGCAGGAGCGAAAGCUCCCCUUAAACGUGAAGGACUGAAACAUGUGUUAUAAAUUUAUCGAAUGAUGAUUGUUGUUAUUAUAUUACACGCAAUAAAGAUUAUAAAACAAUCAUAA